AUGCAUGCUCACAUUCUGCUAGCACUUUGUGCAGCUGCAGCGAGCUACGUUGCUGCUGAAAACAUCACCGUCGAGGUUACCUAUUCUGUGUCGUGCGAGAGAAAGACAAAGAACGAGGAUAUCAUAUCCGUCAAUUACAAUGGCACACUCACAGACGGGACCCUAUUCGAUUCUAGUUAUGAUGAGAACGAUUCCCAUCCAUUCAGCUUCACACUUGGUGCUGGAGAAGUGAUUCAAGGUUGGGAGUUGGGACUCUUGGAUAUGUGUAUCGGCGAUAGGAGAACUUUGACUCUCCCCCCUCAAUUUGGCUACGGAGACGAUGAGGUCGGCCCCAUUCCGGCGAAUUCAACACUCAUCUUCUAUACUGAGCUCAUGGGCAUUAAGGGUGUUUAA